GCUGAGCUUGAGCUUUUUUUGGGAGUUUCACGCCUUCUUUGGUGCUUCAAAAUUGAAAAUGCUUCACCACUGGGUAAAGAUGGCAGACCAACGCCGAUUAAUCUUGAAAAGGCAUGUCAAGGUGCUACCGUAUGGUCCGAAAAGUAUCAUAUUAAGUUUAUAAAAAGGCAUGACAAUGUUGAAAAAGUUUUAUUUGGAUAA